ACCCACGGCGGCAGGCAGCUGGGGGUGGGGGGGGGCGGCCCUGGAUUAGGGGCUGUGGCGGUGAGCGGGGACCCGGCUGCGGUGGCUGCGGGACUGAAGAGAAAUUACUUAAGUUCCUGUGGAAUCAAAGUAGAAUUUCAUAAGAACAUAAUGGAUGGAGAGGAGAAAACCUAUGGUGGCUGUGAAGGCCCUGAUGCCAUGUAUGUCAAAUUGAUAUCUUCUGAUGGUCAUGAAUUUAUUGUAAAAAGAGAACAUGCACUAACAUCAGGAACAAUAAAAGCCAUGUUGAGUGGCCCGGGUCAGUUUGCUGAGAAUGAAACCAAUGAGGUCAAUUUUAGAGAGAUCCCUUCACAUGUGCUAUCAAAAGUAUGCAUGUAUUUUACCUACAAGGUUCGCUACACUAACAGCUCCACUGAGAUUCCCGAAUUCCCAAUUGCACCUGAAAUUGCACUGGAACUGCUGAUGGCUGCGAACUUCCUAGAUUGUUAAAUAAAAUAAAUUAUAAUAAACUGUUAACUUUUUUCAGUAUUUAAUACCUGUAGUUCAGUUAGUGAUUUUUUUCAUAUAGCAUGUUGCCUGUAUGCAGCUGAACUAUAAAGUUCAUUGCAAAGCAGAUUACCUUCUGUUCUUUUUGCAUAGCAAUCAGAGUUGAAAUUUGUUUGCCGCAUCAACAAAUUAAGGAUAUUUUCACAAACUGAGAAAUAAACAAAUAUGCCAAUUCGUAGGUGGUUUUGCCUUAUCCUUUAGAUAUGAAUUUUAAAAUUAGAGCAGUGAUGAUAUAGUAAAUACUGACAUUUAGGCAUACAUGAACAAGUUCUACAGGUAAAUAAUGGGGCUAAUGUUUUAGUGUUUUUUUAAAAUCCUAUUCUGAUCUUAUAGUUGUCAUUAGCAUUACGGAGUUAUGCAAAUAAUUGCAUUAUAAACAUGUUUAUAACUUAGCCAAAACAUUGAUUUUUAUAACUCUCAAAGACGUAAGAGUUGAAAAAUCUUACGUAUCUUUUGAUAAACUGCAGUAUUGUUUAAGUAUAUUUUGUCUUUUUGUUUAUUGCUAGAAUUUAAGAAGUUUAUUUAAAAACAAGGUUGAAAGGUUACUAGGUACGGAUUUUAGAGCAGUAACUUUUCAAGAACUGUAGCCAGCUGGUUAACAAGUAAACUUUAUUACAUUGAUUUCUUGUUCGUUUAUGCGUUUUGACCAAAGUACUGUACUUUCAUUGACUAUAAAGCUUUCUUUGCGGUUAUCAUUAUUCUUAUAUAGUCCCUUGUUGUGAUUGCAACACUUCCAAAUGUUUAAAUGAGUUUCAGAUGAUUCACUAUGAACUUUAUCCAGAUCUUAAAAGCUAGACUUUUAUGAUCUAUUCCAGUCUUCCUCCAUCCAAUUGAAAUGUUAUUAAAUAUGAAAAGCAUGUGGAGAGGUACAGUGAAAAUGUUAUAAUGCACCUUGAUAUAGUACAUAAGUUAUCUUCUAUUUAUUACAAUAUGUCCCAGUAAAUAUGAUAGCCAUAAUCUGUGAGUUUCUACUGAAGUCAAAGCUGGUAAGGUCAUUGAGCUUUUAUAUUAAGAAGACAGAAACAUUUGAAAAACAACGACAGAGUAUCUCUGCUUAGGCAUGAGAAAAGAAGCCUUAAGGUUGGCUUUGUAUUGUUCCUAUCUUAAUAGAAGAACACAGCUAUCAUUAUCAGGUCUAUAAAUCUACAUCUUCAGCUUAGAUCUUCAAGACUGGCUUAAUAUGGACCAGUUUUAUUAGAAACUGCAAAAACCAAACAUAAACAGCACAGGUCUGUAAGAGUAAUUUUAUCCUCUUUGAAAACCUAAAUAUUGUGCUUUCCAGCUUCUUGAAAGCAGUUUGAUAUAAAUGUUAAUUGCAUAUAUUUUAGUAACUUAAGACGUACUAGUGCAUAUCCAUAUUCAUAUUUAUUCAUUGAGUACAAUAUAAUUCUUAUAAUAUAAUUCUGCUAUUUGGUGACAAAUAAUGCCAGUUAUAUACCUAAAUGAUGAUCUCGAAGAUCAAGUUGAUAGAAAUAAAGUUUAACUUUGACCAGUUUUAGUAGUUACAUGUGUUAGAUCCAGAAGUAGCCUUAAGUUUAAGACAUUAAAAUAGAACUGAAAUGAAGAUUAGGAAAAACCUGUAUAUAUGACGGCAAACGGUAGUGCAAGUCUGAAAGGUGUGAUGAACACUUACUGUUUGAUCUUUUUAGCCUUAAUUUUCUCUUUUUCCAGGGAUACUUGUAAAUGUUUGCUUCAGAACAUCUCGGUAUAUGACUGAAUAGUGAAUUUUUCUUUGAUUAAAGUUAAGAGAAAAUUAUUUUAUGUAGCAUUGAAACCUUAACAGUUUUUUGACACUUGGUAUUUAGCUUACUUUUUCAGGUUAUGUCCAAAUCUCCCCAAUAUUUUUUUCUGCACAGAAAAUAUCAGCACAAAUCCUUUCCUGUAUUCAGUUAAUAGUUCAUUUUUGAACUGUCUAGAUUAUUUUAUGCUUUUUAGAUUAUUUAUCUUUCAUGCAGUUAUUGACAGAUGAUAAUCUCUCUACUUUUUGAAGUCCUUUUAAUGUGAGAAAUACAACAUAUUACAAGCAGUAAAUGCAGCUCAUGCUAAUGUAUUCAGAGACAUCUUGUUAUGUUUUUAGUUAUCAUCUAAGUGUCAUUUUGCUAAGCUUAUCAAUUAUUCUAUCAAAAUAGUACAGAUAUUCUGAGAAAUAAUAUAAAGUUGUCAACAAUUGAAGAGUGUUUAAAUUAACCCUUAUACUUCCUAUCCACGUAGAGGAAAUUUCAUAGAAACUAACAAAACUUGAAUGUAUCCACACUUAGCAGUGCUAAGUGGAGCCUCUGGUUAUGUGUAAGUUUGAUGAAACACUUAAGUCCAGUAUUCAAUAGAUACCAUUGAUUUUAUAUAUAUGGUAUUUAUUUGCAAUAUGUAAAUCUGGCUUAAUUCCAGGCCACUCAUAUUUGCGCUAAGAUUUUAUAUUCCUAUUAGGCUAAACUCGACUAUUGUACCUAAUGGUUUGAUGGUUUAAGCAAAUAUUUAUGAGCCUAGAAGUAUUUUGGUAUGUUAGACAAAGCAUUGAACUGUGAGUUAAAAAAAGUCUGGACUCUUCUGCUAAAUUAGCCAUGUAACCUUGAACAAGUCGCUGGACUUUAAUUUCACAGCUAUGUUAGAAGGUUGCACAUAUGUUGGGCGAUGUUUUACUUAAACUUUUAUUUUUUUUAAUGAGCAAGACUGUGUUUGUGGAUGUUGCUUAAAUCCAACAUUUUAGCAUUACAGGUGAUCAGUUUAGAAGAAUUAUGACCUAGAGAGAAAGUGGCCUUCUUGCUACUUCUCUUAAAUAUUAGCCUAUAGAUUUUAGUUUUUCCUGCUUUUGAAUUAGGCAUUAAGUAUUCUAAAUCAGUCCUAGAUAUACUAACUAGAUUAAUUUUGAAUCAUUGGAGUUGUUUUCUAUUGCCUGCUAAUAAAGAAAAUCCAGUUGUAGCUCCAAUUAUCAGUAAUUGCUGAUAUAAAUGGGAAUUUAUGUGCUAUCUUUUCAUACCAGUAUAUUCAGUGCCACGUCAACCUGAUACUCAUUGUUCAUUCAUGCUCUAAUUUUGUAACUUAUCCUGAAUUGGGUGCACGUAUCACAUCUUUAUCUACCUUAUGUAUCUCUAGUUGAAAACAAGACUUUUUAAAAUGAUGUAUUCAGUUUCCUUUCUCCAUAGUCCCUAGUUUUUUAAACUGGAGGAAAUUUUAAAGUUGCUUUGAGAUAGACCUCAUGGUCUUAAUGAUCAAAUUGUUAUAUACGUUUUGCAUUUUUGUGUUAUUAAUAUCAUAUACGUCCAGAUGAACCACAGGAGUAUCAGAAUUAGGUUUUUUCCCCCCUCUUUAUAAUCCUAGAUGCUUGCAGGUUUUUUUUAAGGUUACAUUUUACCUAGAUGGAUUUUACACACUAAGAUCUUUAUUUAUGGUAGGCUCUAUUGCUUUAUUAUUUAAAGAAACAUGUAUAAGAUGACAGAUAAGGAUGAGAAAAAUUCAAAUUUAGUGACUUUAUUCAGUCAGAAUUGUGUAAAAUAUUUUAAUCAGAGUCUCCUUUUACCUGAAGUAAAGCUUAUGGCUAAUCCUGUCUAUGCAUGCCAACUGGCCCAGCUCCAGUAUUAGAAUUUUUAUAAAAUACAUCAAUGGAAUUUUAACUAUAUAGGCAUAGUAAAUUUGAUGCAGACUUACCAAAUAUAUUCUGCUGUUGGGUUCUGUGUCAUUUCUGCUCUAGAAAACUGUUAAGAGUAUCUGCAUCAUCCUCCAGUGUGGUUUUGACUUGUAAAGUAACUUUUCUUCACACCAUCAAGGCCAAUUUUUCUUUCCAUAAUUUUAUUUAACUGUUUUUGAAAAUGUAAGUUUUUUAGCUUCUUACAGCAGCCAUUCAAGCUCAGCCAGUAUGUUCUCUCUCUCUCUCUCUCUCCCUGUUUUUGUUUUUGUUUUGUUUUUUAAAUGAGGAACCAAGAGAAAACUUGUGAUAGUCCAAGGUCACAAACUAAUUUGUGGGGAGAUCCUAGAUCCAGAUUUUAGUUUAAUUAGAACGAACAAGAUACUUAGAUUCUGGAGACUACAUAUAAAUGCUUCAACCAGAGAAAGAAGUCAUAUUUGUUAAAGUAUUGAAAUAAUAGGCAGAAUAUUGAAAGGGUGGAGUUGGGGUUGACAGUUAAUGCAUGAGGUGUGCCUAUAAAAUAAUAAAUGCUUUAAAGAAUAUACAGCAUUUCUAUCCAAGUGAACAUUAUCCUUCACUUAGUAAGGUUAUUGUUCCACAAAAGGUUUAUGGAAAUGCCUUUAGAGCUUAUAGUAAAUGUUCUUUUGAAUAGUCUCUGUGGUGGGAGAUGGUUUUCUUGAAACGUUUGCAACAGUCAAUAAAUGUUUUAGACUCAAAUCUGAAUAAAGGUGAGUGGCUAGGCUUGACAGGAAUAAGGUAGGACUAAAGGAAUUAGACUGACUUUCUCACAUAUCCAUAGCAUAGUUUGGGUGGCAUGGUGUGUAUUAGAACGAAAUUUAAAACCUUGGAAAUAAAAGUAGUUAAAUCAAAUUCUUUUUCAACAUGACUUCAGAUAUUCCUUUCUAGUGUAUUUGUUGAAAGAAAGCACCAAUUUCAUAAGAUAAAUUUUUUCAGUUUUGUUUGUUAAGGCGAUCACCAAACAUUGGCUUUUUUAAAGAAAGUCAUUGUAUCAGGGUUGUAAUUCAAUUGGAUUUUAUGAAACUCCUAUCUUGUAAUGCAGAGUAUCCUCUUAUUAUUUGGUUCAAAGUAGGUAAAUAUCACCCCAUCCUUAAGUACUGAAGGUAUGUUCUGUUGAGAACCUGUUGCUAAAGAGUUGAGUCAUGGAGUUAACAUGAACAUUGUGGAAUGACUAUACUAGAGUCGUAAAAGGCAAAGGCUUAUUAAAAUAACAAGACCACAAUUUUAAGUUCUAUGAUCUGUUCUUAAAUGCAAUUGUGUUUCCAUUCUUUUUCCAGUGGCAAUUUUUGCCCUAUGUAUAUCUUCUAAGAACUAGAUUGUGAGCCAGAGAGCAGGAAUGGUUGAGUGUUUUUUAUUUUUUUGAGGGUUAUUUCGUUAUCACCCCAGUGUCUAGCACAGUGGUUUACACGUGGUAGACGCUCAAUAAAGGAAUUGAAUCAUA